AUGGCGGUGUCGGUGGCAGCUGCAGCCGGGCGACUUCGGCGGGCCGUUCGAAGGACGCCGCAAUGGCGGGGCCCCAGCCGUCGGGCGCUCUCAUCCGAGGCCCCUCCAACCCAGGCCGCGGCCGUGCGGGACGCCUUCCUGAGCUUCUUUCGGGACCGCCAUGGCCACCGCCUGGUGCCGUCCGCUUCCGUGAGGCCCCGCGGCGACCCCAGCUUGCUUUUCGUCAACGCGGGCAUGAACCAGUUCAAGCCAAUCUUCCUGGGCACUGUGGAUCCACGAAGCGAGAUGGCAGGCUUCCGACGUGUGGCGAACAGCCAGAAAUGUGUGAGGGCUGGAGGACGCCACAGCGACCUGGAGGAUGUGGGCCGAGACCUUUCCCAUCAUACCUUCUUUGAGAUGCUUGGCAAUUGGGCCUUUCGGGGGGUAUAUUUUAAGGAGGAGGCUUGCAGCAUGGCCUGGGAACUGCUGACUCAGGUCUAUGGGAUCCCUGAGGACAGGCUCUGGGUCUCCUACUUUGGUGGUGACCCCAAGGCUGGGCUGGGCCCGGACCUGGAGAGCAGGGACAUCUGGCUUAAGUUAGGGGUGCCUGCCAGCCGCAUGCUCUCCUUUGGACCACAGGAGAACUUCUGGGAGAUGGGGGAUACUGGCCCUUGUGGGCCCUGUACUGAGAUCCACUAUGACCUGGCUGGUGGGGUGGGAGCCCCCCAGCUGGUGGAGCUUUGGAAUCUGGUCUUCAUGCAGCACAACAGCCCCCCAGGACCCUCCCCCAUCCCUUUAUGCCACUUGAGCGUCUGCCUCAUACCUGUAAUCCUGUGGGGGGCCUCACCUUGCAUACCCUUCCUGGCCAGAGAGAAAGAUGGAAGCCUGCAGCCCCUGCCCCAGCGGCACGUGGACACGGGAAUGGGCCUGGAAAGGCUGCUGGCCGUGUUGCAAGGCAGACGCUCCACCUACGACACCGACCUCUUUUCCCCACUGCUCAAUGCCAUACACCAGGGUUGCGGGGCACCCCCUUACUCGGGCCGGGUCGGGGCAGCAGACGAGGGGCACACAGACACAGCGUACCGUGUGGUGGCUGACCACAUCCGCACGCUCAGCAUCUGCAUCGCCGAUGGCGUCUCUCCUGGGAUGUCUGGUGCACCGGGCUGCUGGGGGCUCAUCUGGGCUCUGAAUCCUUCUAGGCUGGUACUUCGUCGGCUCCUCCGUCGAGCCGUGCGGUUCUCUACAGAGUUGUUGCGGGCACCACCUGGCUUCCUGGGCAGCCUGGUGCCUGUAGUGGUGGAGACACUGGGAGGUGCUUAUCCAGAACUGCAGAGGAACUCAGCCCAGAUAGCCAGCCUGGUGUCAGAGGAUGAGGCAGCCUUCCUAGCCUCCCUGCAGCAGGGUCGGCGGAUCAUCGAGCGGACCGUGAGGCGCCUGGGGCCUUCCGAUGUGUUCCCUGCUGAAGUGGCCUGGUCCUUGUCACUGUCUGGGAACCUGGGGCUCCCCCUGGACCUGGUGAAACUGAUGCUGGAGGAGAAAGGGGUGCAGCUGGACUCUGCUGGACUGGAGCGGCUGGCUCAGGAGGAGGCCCAGCACCGGGCACAGCAGGCCGAGCCAGUUCAGGAGCAGGGACUGCGGCUGGACGUCCACGCGCUGGGGGCGCUACAGCGCCAAGGGGUGCCCCCAACCGAUGACAGCCCCAAGUACAACUACUCCCUGCGACCCAGUGGCGGUUAUGAGUUCGGCACCUGUGAGGCCCAGGUGCUCCAGCUGUAUACAGAGGACGGAACAGCCGUGGCCUCCGUGGGGGAAGGCCAGCGCUGUGGCCUCCUCCUGGACAAAACCAACUUCUACGCCGAACAGGGAGGUCAGGCUUCCGACCGAGGCUACCUGGUGCGGGUGGGACUGCAGGACGUGCUGUUCCCAGUGGCUCGGGCGCAGGUCUGCGGAGGCUUCAUCCUGCAUGAGGUGGCAGCCCCUGAGUGCCUAAAGGUGGGGGACCAGGUACAGCUGCACGUGGAUGAGGCCUGGCGUCUGAGCUGCAUGGAGAAGCACACAGCCGUCCACCUACUAAACUGGGCGCUGCGGCAGGCCCUGGGCCCUGGCACAGAGCAGCGAGGGUCCCAUCUCAAUCCUGAGUGGCUGCGCUUCGACGUGGCCACGCAGGCCCCAUUGACCCCAGAGCAGCUCCGGGCAGUGGAGGGCACUGUGCAGAAGGCCGUGGGGCAGGAUGAGGCUGUGUACAUGGAGGAGGUGGCCCUGGCAUGCACUGCCCAUGUCCCCGGCCUGCGCUCUCUGGAUGAGGUAUACCCAGACCCUGUGCGGGUGGUGUCUGUGGGUGUGCCUGUGGCCCAGGCGCUGAACCCAGCCUCCCAGGCCGCACUGCAGACUUCUGUGGAGCUGUGCUGUGGGACGCACCUGCUACGCACAGGGGCUAUAGGGGACCUGGUCAUCAUCGGGGAGCGCCAGCUCGCCAAGGGCACCACCCGCCUGCUGGCCAUCACUGGGGAGCAGGCCCAGCAGGCCCGAGAGGUGGGCGAGAGCCUGGCCCAGGAGGUAGAAGCAGCCGCAGCGCGGCUGAGUCAGGGCAGCCGGGAUGUGGUGGAGGCUCAGCGGCUAUCCAAGGAGAUGGGACGACUCAUUGAUGCCGUGGACACUGCCGUGAUGCCCCAGUGGCAGCGGCGGGAGCUUCAGGCCACACUGAAGGCGCUACGGCGGCGUGCCAACACUGCCGUCCGGAAACUGGAAAUGGGGCAGGCUGCACAGAAAACCCAGGAGCUGCUACAGCAGCACUCGGAGGGGCCCCUGAUUGUGGACACAGUUUACGCUGAGUCCCUCUCAGUGCUGGUGAAGGUGGUCCGGCAGCUGUGUAAGCAGGCGCCCAGCACAUCUGUGCUGCUACUCAGCCCCCAGCCUCUGGGGCAGGUGCUGUGUGCCUGUCAGGUGGCCCAGAGUGCCACGCCAGCCUUCACCGCAGAGGCCUGGGCGCUGGCUGUGUGCAGCCACAUGGGGGGCAAGGCCUGGGGCUCUCGAGUGGUGGCCCAGGGCACCGGAAGCACUGCUGACCUGGACGCUGCCCUCAGUACAGCCCGAGCCUAUGCCCUCAACAAGCUCUGAUCCAGGCUCACUCAGGGACUCACAGAGACUAAAGAGACAACAGACAGGCCAGUGCCUGGAGCCCUGAAGGAGCGAGCAGAACCUCCCCGGAAGGUAAACAGAGGACUAGAGCCUGGAGGCCAAGCAGCUGAGCCGAGGAGGACCGCCCUGGGCUGGGCUCUGAGUGGACACAAAAAGAUGUGGGCUGGGGGAGGCAGAAGUGGGCCUGGCAAAAGGCCCUGCUAGUGAAGUGAAGACAUGGCUGCCCCGUCUGCGAUUGUUCAUUAAAAAGUAUUUCACAGCGGAUAGGAAGUUCCAGAAGGUUCUUCUGCCUAAAAAAGAGCAGGCUUUCUCCUGCCAGCAGCCUGGAAUGGGCGCCCCAUGACUAGUCUGACCCCUCACGCUGGGCUGAAAGGCCACCCUGCAUCCAGAUCAGAGCUCUCCUCGCCACGAGUGCUUGAACAGGCCCCGUGUGCCAGCCUGUUCCGGGCGCCCACCAAGGCCUCCCUGGCCACCAAGAUCCAUUCACUGUCACAUAAAAGUCAUGAGAGCCAGGUG